AGGGGUCCCGGGGGGGCCCCGGGGGGGUCGUGGCCGGAGCCGCUGCCCUGGGGGGGGCUCCUGGUGCUGGCGCUGCUGGGGGGGGCCCUGCUCGCCCUCAGGCGUUGGCGGCUCCGGGCGGAGAAGCAGCGACGGGAGCCCAACCCUGGGGGGGCCGGUGGGAAGCUCUACAUCGACCCCCUGACGUAUGAGGACCCCGAGGUGGCCCUGAGGGAUUUUGCGCAGGAGAUCGAUGUCACCUGCGUCACCAUCGAGGAGGUCAUCGGCGCAGGUGAGUUCGGCGAGGUGUGGCGCGGCCGCCUCUCCCUGCCCGGCCAGCCCGAGGCCGAGGUGGCCGUGAAGACGCUCAAGGGCGGCCGGGGCGAGCGGCAGCGCCGGGAGUUCCUGCGCGAGGCGGCGCGCAUGGCGCAGUUCCUGCACCCCAACGUGCUGCGGCUGCGCGGCGUGGUCAGCGCGGGGAGCCCCGCCAUGAUCGUCACCGAGUUCCUCAUGCACGGGGCCCUGGACGCCUUCCUCAGGGGCCGAGAGGGGACCCUGUCCCCGCUCCAGCUGGUGGCCAUGCUGCGCGGCAUCGCGGCCGGGAUGCGUUACCUGGCCGAGGCCGGGUUCGUGCACCGUGACCUGGCUGCGAGGAACAUCCUGGUGGACGCACACCUGGUCUGCAAGGUGUCCGACUUUGGGCUGUCGCGGGCGCUGGACGGGGACAGGGAGGUUUUGGGCCCCGGUCAGGGCGGGAAGAUCCCGAUCCGCUGGACGGCGCCCGAGGCCAUCGCGUUCCGCACCUUCACCUCGGCCAGCGACGCCUGGAGCUACGGCAUCGUCAUGUGGGAGGUGCUGAGCUUCGGGGAGCGGCCCUACUGGGACAUGUCCAACCAGGACGUGAUCAACGCCAUCGAGCAGGAUUACCGGCUGCCGCCGCCGCCGCGCUGCCCGCCCGCGCUGCACCGGCUGAUGCUGCAGUGCUGGCAGCGCGAGCGCCACGCCCGCCCCACCUUCCCGCACCUGGUGCGCGCCCUGGACCGGCUCAUCCGGCACCCGCAGAGCCUGCGCAGGUGA